AUGGCGGCGGCGGCGGCGCUGCUGCUGCUGCUGCUGGUGGCGGCGGGGCCCGGGCCCGGGCGGGCGGGCGCGGGGCGGGAGCGGCGGGACGCGCUGCGGGAGGAGCUGCUGCUGAGCCCGCUGCCCACCGGCGACGUGGCCGCCACCUUCCAGUUCCGCACGCGCUGGGACGCGGACCUGCAGCGGGGCGCAGUCUCUCACUACAGGCUCUUCCCAAAGGCACUGGGGCGGCUGGUGGCAGCGCUGGGCGUGAGGGAGCUCCACCUCGCCCUUACCCAGGGCUUCUGGCGCACCCGGUACUGGGGGCAGCCGCCCCUCCAGGCACCUGCCGGCGCUGAGCUCUGGGUUUGGUUCCAGCCCACAGUCACCGAUGUUGACAAAGCCUGGAAAGAACUGAGUAACAUCCUUUCAGGAAUAUUCUGUGCUUCUCUCAACUUCAUUGACUCGACCAACACAGUGAUUCCAACAGCAUCCUUCAAACCCCUGGGCUUAGCCAAUGGGACAGAUCACCAUCUCCUGCGUUACGCUGUCCUGCCCCGGGAAGUCGUCUGCACAGAGAACCUCACCCCUUGGAAGAAGUUGCUGCCAUGUGGCUCAAAGGCUGGGCUCGCUGUGCUGCUGAAGGCCGAGCGCUUGUUCCACAGCAGCUACCACUCACAGGCAGUGCACAUCCGCCCCGUCUGCAGGGAUGCCUCCUGUCUGGCAGUGUCCUGGGAGCUCAGACAGACCCUCACUGUGGUCUUUGACUUCUUUUCCAGUGGCCAAGGAAAGAAAGACUGGUCCCUCUUUAAGAUGUUCUCUCGCACGCUGACUGACUCGUGUCCUCUGGCAUCGCAGAGCAAAGUCUACGUUGACAUUUCCCCUAAGAACAAGGAAAAGGAGCUACUGGAAGUGUCCCCCCCUCCAACAUCUGUGCAUGAAGCUAUUGUCCAGGGAGACAAGAAAACCUAUGCUGUCUAUGACCUGCUGAGCCCCUCGCUCUUCAACACAUCUCGCAGCCUCAAUGUGCAGCUGAAGUGGAAGCGGCCCCAAGACAGCUCGUUACGUGGGGGGGUACGGGCUGCAGACCGGGGAGAUUUGCACCCUCAUCUACAACACUCACCCCUACCGGGCCUUCCCCGUGAUCCUGCUGGAGACUGUGCCCUGGUACCUGCGGCUCUACGUGCACACCCUGACUAUCACCACCAAGGGGAAGGAAAACAAGCCAAGACAGUGGAAGCAGGAGCACCCACCUCAUGGGAGAUGUCCAGGCAAUGCGAGACUGGACAAGGCCCCUGUGGUGCCAUUGCCAACAUCUCUUUGGGGUUAGGUUACAUCCACUACCAGCCAGCCCAGGACCGGAGACGGCCUCACCUCUUGGAAAUGCUGAUCCAGCUGCCAGCUAACUCCGUCACCAAGAUCACAAUCCAGUUUGAGAGGGCCUUAUUGAAGUGGACAGAGUACCCGCCUGACCCCAAUCACGGCUUUUAUGUCGGUUCAUCUGUGCUCAGUGCCCUGGUUCCCAGUGUCACUGCGAUGAAGGACAUGGAUGUGGAGCAGAGCCCUCUCUUCACCUCGCUGUUUCCUUCCUCUGAUGGCUCCAGCUAUUUUGUGCGUCUGUACACGGAGCCACUGCUGGUGAACCUGCCAACACCAGACUUCAGCAUGCCCUAUAACGUCAUCUGCCUCACCUGCACCGUGGUGGCCGUGUGCUACGGCUCCUUCUACAACCUGCUGACCAGAACGUUCCACGUGGAGGAGCCGAGCCGGGGCGGGCUGGCCAAGCGGCUGGCCAACAUCAUCCGAAAAUUCAGAGGGGUACCCCCACUCUGAGAGGAACCAGGGCAGCCAGCACUGCCUGCAGAGCUCUGUGGGGAGACUCGGGGAGCAGAGCACUGCUGCCUCUUGUCUUGCUGGAAGCAGCUUGUUCUGUUUUGCUGCCUGGACCUCUCUUUGGGAUCCAAAAAGCUGAGACAUCACUUCCAUUGCUAGGAUGGGGAAUGGCUCUAAGCCCAUUGACUACUGAACUGCACUGCUAUGGGAUUGGGAAAAUUAAAAGACUUCUGUUUGGGAGAGGUGUAACUUACAUGCUGGGAAUGGUGCUGGAAGUACACUUGAGUGUUUUUUA